GACAUGUCUAAUAGAUCAUGAUUAGUGUAAUCCUUGAUUAUUAUAUAUUUUCUAUUUUUAACUGUUUAACGCUUUUGAUAUUUAUAAAUAUAUCGAUAUAAGCUUCAGGAGCUAUUUGUAAAUUUUUUAUUGUUUUGUUUUCAUUAAAUCGAUGCCGAAAUCAGGAUAUUGGCCGUAUCAAAAUAAUUAUGCAGAUAAUAAUAUAACUGGCGAAUCGUCACUAUUGCAAAAGCAGGUAGGCGAAAUGGAAGGUGAGGUCAAAGAAAUUCAAAUGGAACUCGCUGCUAUAAAAAGAGAUCGAAUGUAUCUCACAAAUCGCAGCAAAAUAUGUGGAAUGGACACGGAAGAAACUAUUGAGGACUCCUCUAUUCACAAAAACUUGAUACAAAGGCCUCAAGACAACUUAGAUUUUGCUAUAAUCCCGCAACUUCGAGAAGAGUUGAUACGGGCUAAAAAUACAGCUGACGAAGAGAGAUUUCAAAAGGAGAAAUAUGAGCAAAAACUAAAGGAUUUAGAGGGAAAGCUUAAUAGUAUAUGCAAUGUUGAAACGCUGGAAAUAAAGGAAUCUCGGAAAUUUCCUACCGAGGAUGUAACAUCUCUCAAGAAACAGAUAAGAGAUUUGACGGAAGAUAUAGAGGAUUUAAAGCAAUCACUCAAUGAAAAAACCGAACAGACUCAAGAAUAUCGGGUUAAGUAUCUUCAAGCACAGCAGCAAGUGGAGGAGCUGCGCCGACAAAUUGAUGUUAUAGAAUAUGAUAACAAGCAAGUUUCAGACCAAAUUCAAAUAGAGAUCCAAAAAAUGAAGAUGCAAUUUCAAGAAAAGCUUCAGGAACUGGCACCUUUACCGGAUCUCCUGAAAGGAGCACAAAUCCAAUUACAAGAAGCAAAACAACUUCAAAAAUUAGCUGAAGACAGCUCGGAGCAGCUUUCUAGUGAACUGCAUAGAGUUAAAGAGAAGCUUGUUGUAGCAGUUAAUAAUUUAAACUUAGAAAAAGCGGAAAAAAGUCAGUUGGCUGAUGACUGUAAGGUGCUUAAAGAGGAAACGGAGGUUAAAAGAAAGGAAAUUGAAGAACUGUUGAGGAGCGUAGAUGAUUACAAAUGUCAAGUGCUCAGGCUUGGGGAAAAGUUAGCCUUAUUGGACGAAAGAUAUAAGGAUAAGUCACUCGAAUGCACGCAUUUGUUGAAAGAUCUCGACGAGUUAAGAGUCGAAAGUAACAGAAGUCUUACAAGAAGCAAAGAAAGAUCAGACUCUAUGCGAAGAUAUAUGCAGACACAGAUUUCGGAAAUGGAAAGACAAUUAAUACAGAGUAGAGCGCAGAGCAGAUUAUUUCAAAAGGAAAGAGAUGAUGUACGUCAAAGAAUGCAAAUACAGAUUAAUAAUCUACGGGAGAACUUUGAGCUUGUCGAAAUAAGAAUGCGUGGACUUUACGGGCAAGUGUCAUCUUUGAAGAACACCUAUUCCGUCAUUUUGACAGACGAGGAUGAUAAUUGCGAAUUUACUAAAAUCUCCACAGCAUGAUUGAAUCAUUACAUUAGUUUGCAAUAAAUGUCUUUGUUUGUUAUAUUCGUCUCAUAGUUGUAUUUAUUUGUUUUUUAUUAUAAUUCAUUUCAAGGUUAUAUCGACAUUUAAAGUAGGUAUCGUUUAUAUUUGAAUCCAUUAUAAUAGCAACGAGUUAAAUGAAAAUUGUUUUGUUUGGCUUUGUACUCCUGAUUAGAAGUAGAUGAACCACAUAUAAAUUUCAUGACAUUACAUUGAUAGAUAUUUUAGCUACGAAUAUGAUUAAAAAAAUAUCGACUUUAAUCUGAAAAAA